CGGGAGGUCUGCGGUAAGGGCUCUAGCCCGGCCGCCACGGCGUUAAAUACAACAACAACAACAACAACUUGGCUAUGGAGACAGACCCGCCUCAGCAAGUCAUCUCGUGCGAUAAGGCCAACGUCCUUGCUGUUAGCCGGCUUUGGCGUCGAGCCGUGACGGACUUUUUCGCGAGGGAGUAUCCGCAAAUCAAGCUUUCUCACCAGCUUGCUGAUAGCGCGGCCAUGCUUAUGGUCAAAGAUCCUCGCUCGUUCAACGGAGUGGUGCUCAUGGAUAACACAUUCGGCGACAUCUUGUCGGAUGUGAGCAGCGUGGUCCCGGGAUCGCUGGGUCUGCUCCCAUCAGCGUCGAUCUCAAGCACCACCCCUGGCUCGGGAGGAAUCGGUCUCUACGAGCCUAUCCACGGAAGCGCACCCGAUAUCGCGGGGAAAGGUAUCGCCAACCCAGUCGCAACUAUACUUGCAGCGGCAAUGAUGCUCAAGUACUCAUUCGGGAUGGUUGAUGAGGCAAAGGCCAUUGAUAAAGCAGUCGAGAAGGUCUUGGACUCCAAGGACAUUGACGGCCACGAGAUACGGACCCCUGACCUGGGCGGGAUUGCGACAACAGUUGAGGUUGGCAAUGCCAUUUGUAGACAACUCGAGAGCUUGGUGAAGUAGAUUUUCACAUGUAUCUAUAAUGCAAAGAAUCAAUUCAAAAUACGUCAACCCCUGAUGAGUGGUGAUAGAGAGUUAGGCACGCCCCAAGUUGAUGUUGACGCGGCAGUCAAUCAUCCAUGGAAACUAGCGAUGCAAGCGGCGUAAUGAUUUGGGAACUGAUAUGGAUUAUCUCUGAACAUCAAGCGAAUGAGCUCAUAAAGAUACCGGUAGCUGAGGUAGACUUACUACCAAUCCUCGAACGUCAUUGCCUGAAUACACGCACUCCCUUUGU